AUGGCGCUUCCCAUCAAGUUCACAGAAGUGGUCAAUUUGACCAAUGUCGGCAUUGCGCCGGCAUCCAUUGGCUUCACUUCAUGUACUCUAGAAUCCGAUCAUUACGUUUGCGUUAGGCAAAAGCUCGACGAAGACGACAAACCUCAAGUCAUUAUCAUCAACUUGAAGAACAACAAUGAGGUUAUGCGCCGGCCAAUCAACGCCGACAGUGCCAUCAUGCACUGGAACAAGAAUAUCAUCGCUCUUAAGGCCCAAGGCCGCACAAUUCAGAUUUUCGAUCUUGGGGCUAAGUCGAAACUGAAGUCCGCCGUGAUGAAUGAGGAUAUCGUUUACUGGAAGUGGUUCAGCGAGACAUCUUUGGGUCUGGUUACCGAUACAUCCGUAUACCACUGGGAUGUCUAUGACGCGACCCAGCAGAACCCCGUGAAAAUGUUCGAGCGACUUCCCAACCUAUCGGGAUGCCAAAUUAUCAACUACCGUGUCAACUCCGAGGAGAAAUGGAUGGUUGUUGUUGGUAUUAGCCAACAACAGGGUCGUGUCGUGGGUUCAAUGCAGCUGUACUCGAAGGAACGUGGUAUCUCGCAGUUCAUUGAAGGUCACGCCGCUGCCUUCGCCUCCAUUAACGUUGAGGGGUCCCCAUUGCCACAUCACCUCUUCUCGUUCGCCGUUAGAACCCCAACUGGCGCAAAGCUGCAGAUUGCCGAGAUUGACCACCAAGAGCCCAACCCGCGAUUCCAGAAGAAGGCUGUGGAGGUUUUCUUCCCCCAAGAAGCUGUCAACGACUUCCCUGUGGCGAUGCAGGUUUCUACGAAAUACGAUAUUGUCUACUUGGUUACAAAGUACGGCUUCAUCCACCUGUAUGAUCUGGAGACGGGUACUUGCAUCUUCAUGAACCGCAUUUCAAGUGAAACCAUCUUCACCACUGCCCCUGAUGAUCAGGGUGCUGGUAUUGUUGGUGUCAACCGCAAGGGUCAAGUUUUGUCCGUUAGCGUCGACGAGGACACAAUCAUCAACUACCUGACAGCAAACCCAGCUAUGGCUAGUCUUGCCGUCAAGCUUGCUUCGAGAGCUGGUCUCCCCGGAGUCGAUCAUCUUUUCCAGACACAGUUCGACAACUUCAUCUCGCAGGGUGACUAUGGCGAGGCUGCUAAGGUUGCUGCCAACUCUCCCCGUGGAUUCCUCCGUACCGCUGAAACUAUCAACCGUUUCAAGAGCGCUCCCCAGACUGGUCAAAUGUCAGUCAUUCUUCAGUACUUUGGUAUGCUUCUGGACAAGGGUUCCCUGAACCGCUACGAGAGUGUGGAACUUGUUCGACCCGUUUUACAGCAAAACCGCAAGCACUUGCUGGAGAAGUGGAUGCGUGAGAACAAGCUGGAAGGCUCGGAGGAGCUCGGAGACAUCAUUCGCCCAUACGAUAUGUCUCUUGCUUUGAACGUGUAUCUCCAGGCCAACAUCCCCCACAAGGUUGUUGCUGGAUUUGCUGAGACUGGCCAGUUCGAGAAGAUUCUUACUUACUCCAAGCAAGCCAAUUAUCAGCCUGACUACACUCAGCUUCUUCAGCACAUUGUGCGGGUCAACCCCGAGAAGGGUGCUGAGUUUGCUAGCCAGCUUGCCAAUGAGGAGAGUGGUGCUCUCGUGGACCUUGAACGUGUGGUCGAUGUAUUCGUUUCCCAGAACAUGAUUCAGCAAGCCACUUCCUUCCUCCUUGAUGCCUUGAAGGACAAUAAGCCUGAGCAGGGUCAUCUGCAGACUCGUCUCCUUGAGAUGAACCUUGUCAAUGCCCCUCAAGUUGCGGACGCCAUUCUUGGCAAUGAGAUCUUCACCCACUAUGACCGUCCCCGUGUUUCCCAACUUUGCGAGGGCGCUGGUCUGAUUCAGCGUGCUCUUGAGAACUCCGACGACCCCUCCGUGAUCAAGCGAAACAUUGUUCGUACUGACAUGCUGAGCCCUGAGUGGCUGAUGGAAUACUUCGGUCGUCUUUCCGUUGAGCAGACUCUCGACUGCUUGGACACUAUGCUGGAUGCCAACAUUCGCCAGAACUUGCAGGCAGUCGUUCAAAUUGCUACCAAGUUCUCCGAUCUUCUCGGUGCCAACCGCCUCGUUGAUCUUUUCGAGAAGUACCGCACUGCCGAGGGUCUUUAUUACUAUCUCGGAAGCAUUGUCAACCUUAGCGAGGACCCCGAAGUGCACUUCAAGUACAUUGAAGCCGCUACCACCAUGAACCAGGUCACCGAGGUUGAGCGUAUUUGCCGUGAGAGCAACUACUACAACGCCGAAAAGGUGAAGAACUUCCUCAAGGAAGCUCAUUUGACCGAGCAACUCCCCCUUAUUAUCGUCUGUGACCGAUUCAACUUCAUCCACGACUUGGUUCUGUACCUCUAUCAAAAUCAACAGUUCAAAUCGAUCGAGGUUUACGUCCAGCGCGUCAACCCAUCCCGCGCGCCCGCCGUCGUCGGUGGUCUCCUUGAUGUCGAUUGCGAUGAGAGCAUUAUCAAGAACCUCCUCUCUACCGUGGACCCCGCUGCCAUCCCUAUCGACGAGCUUGUCUCCGAAGUUGAGAGCCGCAACCGUCUCAAGCUGCUCCUGCCCUUCCUUGAAGCUACUCUUGCCGCUGGCAACCAGCAACAGGCAGUUUACAACGCCCUUGCAAAGAUCUACAUCGAUAGCAACAACAACCCCGAGAAGUUCCUCAAGGAGAACGAUCUCUACGACACUUUGACUGUCGGAAAGUACUGCGAGAAGCGUGACCCUAACCUUGCAUACACUGCGUACCACAAGGGCCAGAACGACCUCGAGUUGAUUAGCAUCACCAACGAGAACUCCAUGUUCCGCGCUCAGGCUCGCUAUCUGGUUGAGCGUGCGGAUCCCGAGGUUUGGACCUUUGUCCUGAGCGAGAACAACAUCCACCGUCGCUCCCUUGUUGACCAGGUUGUUGCAACUGCCGUUCCCGAAUCCACUGAGCCUGACAAGGUUUCCGUGGCCGUCAAGUGCUUCCUUGAGGCUGAUCUUCCUGGCGAGCUUAUUGAGCUUCUUGAGAAGAUCAUCCUGGAGCCUUCGCCUUUCAGUGACAACUCCAGCUUGCAGAAUCUGCUGAUGCUGACUGCUGCAAAGGCCGACAAGGGACGCCUGAUGGAUUACAUCCACCAGCUGAACGAGUUCUCUGCCGAUGAAAUUGCUGAGAUGUGUAUUAGCGUUGGUCUGUACGAGGAGGCCUUUGAGAUCUACAAGAAGGUCAACAACUACCUCGCCGCCGCCAAUGUCCUUGUUGAGAACAUUGUUAGCAUUGAUCGUGCCCAGGAGUUCGCCGAGCGUAUUGAGCUUCCCGAGGUUUGGAGCAAAGUUGCCAAGGCCCAGCUUGAUGGUCUUCGUGUGUCCGACUCAAUUGAGUCCUACAUCCGCGCGGGUGACCCAUCUAACUACAACGAAGUUAUUGAGACUGCCACCCACGCUGGCAAGGAUGAAGACCUUGUUAAGUUCCUUCGUAUGGCCCGCAAGACUCUCCGUGAGCCUGCUAUUGACACUAGUCUUGCCUUCUGCUUUGCCCGUCUUGAUCAGCUUGCUGAGCUUGAGGACUUCCUUCGCUCCACCAAUGUUGCAAAUGUCGAAGCAUCUGGUGACAAGGCUUAUGAGGAGGGAUACCACCAGGCUGCCAAGAUCUUCUUCACAAACAUUUCCAACUGGGCCAAGCUUGCCACUACCCUGGUCCACCUUGAGGAGUACCAGUCUGCCGUUGAGUGCGCUCGUAAGGCUAACAGCGUCAAGGUCUGGAAGCAGGUCAACGAGGCCUGCGUUGACAAGAAGGAAUUCCGUCUUGCCCAGAUUUGUGGUCUUAACUUGAUCGUUCACGCUGAGGAGUUGCAAGCCCUUGUUCGUCAGUACGAGCGCAAUGGUUACUUUGAUGAGCUCAUCUCUGUCCUCGAGGCUGGUCUGGGCUUGGAGCGUGCUCACAUGGGCAUGUUCACCGAGCUCGGUAUCGCUCUGUCUAAGUACCACCCAGACCGUGUUAUGGAGCACCUGAAGCUCUUCUGGUCUCGCAUCAACAUUCCUAAGAUGAUCCGCGCCUCCGAGGAGGCCAACUUGUGGCCUGAGCUGGUCUUCCUUUACUGCCACUAUGAUGAGUGGGACAAUGCUGCUUUGGCUAUGAUGGAGCGUGCCGCCGAUUCCUGGGAGCACCACUCGUUCAAGGACAUUGUGGUCAAGGUCGCCAACCUGGAGAUUUACUACCGUGCCCUGAACUUCUACCUGCAGGAGCAACCGCUGCUUCUGACUGACCUGCUCCAAGUCUUGACCCCUCGUAUUGACGUCAACCGUGUCGUUCGUAUCUUCCAGAGCUCCGAUAACAUUCCCUUGAUCAAGCCCUUCCUCUUGAACGUCCAGGCCCAGAACAAGCGGGCUGUCAACGAUGCCAUUAAUGAGCUUCUGAUCGAGGAGGAGGACUACAAGACUCUCCGUGACUCAGUGGAUAACAAUGAUAACUUCGAUGCUGUGGAUCUUGCUCAACGCCUCGAGAAGCAUGACCUCAUCUUCUUCCGUCAAAUUGCCGCCAACAUCUACCGCAACAACAAGCGAUGGGAGAAGUCCAUUGCCCUGUCAAAGCAGGACAAGCUUUACAAGGAUGCUAUUGAGACUGCAGCAAUCUCAGCCAAGUCCGAUGUUGUUGAGGAUCUUCUUCGUUACUUCGUGGACAUUGGCAGCCGUGAGUGCUACGUCGGUAUGCUCUAUGCUUGUUACGAUCUCAUUCGCCCCGAUGUCAUCAUGGAGAUCUCAUGGCGCAAGGGUCUGCACGAAUUCACCAUGCCCUACAUGAUCAACUUCCUCUGCGAACAAACCCGCACCAUCGAUAUGCUCAAGAAGGAUAAUGAGGAGCGCAAGUCCCGAGAGAAAACACAAAGGACUGACGAGGACAACACCCCCAUCCUCGGUGGAUCUCGAUUGAUGCUGACUCAGGGCCCUGCCCCGACAGGCAGCCCCAUGCCAUACGGACAGCAGGCGAACGGUAUUACUCCGCAAGCUACCGGCUACCGUGGAUUCUAG